AUGGCGCCGCUGUUAGGCAAUUGGGAUGGAGACGCCACUCCAUCAUCACAUUCAUCAAACAAGGAUGCCACAUCUCUGAAAAGUAUCCUCUAUGUGGAUGCCUACGACUCAUUCUCGUACAAUGUGGUCGCAAUGCUGGAGGAGACGCUCGGCGUCCAAGUCACCGUCAUGACAAUUGACUCGGACUGGCCGGAUGGCAACAUGAACGAAUUCCUCACGCACUAUGAAGCGAUCGUGCUAGGACCCGGUCCCGGAGACCCCAAUCUGCCCAAAGAUGUCGGCAUCAUGCGCGAUAUCUGGAAUCUGCGGGAUGCCGAGCUCCUCCCGGUCUUCGGCAUCUGUCUGGGCUUUCAGAGUUUGUGUCUGCAUCACGGCGUGCCGAUCGAACGUCUACCUUAUCCACUGCAUGGUCAGGUUCGGCAUAUUUCAACUACGUCGAAGGAUAUCUUCGAGGGGCUUUCCGAUGUUGAAGUUACGCUGUAUCACUCGCUUUAUGCCGAUUUGGAUGCCGUGAGCAGAUCGCGGGGUGGGGUGUUGGACGAUCUCGAAUUCUUGGCAUGGCUUCCUCUUGAGCAGGCGUCUGGUGCAGUGACGCAGAUUCCAAUGGCGGUUUCUCAUCGCCAGAAACCGUUCUGGGGUGUUCAAUUCCAUCCUGAAUCCUGCAAGUCGGAAAAAGAUGCUUGCAGAACGUUGCUGCUGAAUUGGUGGCGCAAGGCUCUUACGUUCAAUAAGCUUGUUGGACGGGGGGAGACCAUUAUCACGCCGCACGAAGAUACAAAGAGCUUCCCUGAAGUCGCAUAUGAAAUGUUGAAAUGGAGUUCAUCGACAUCGUCCACUUCGGCAUACCGGUCUCUCGAUCGGAGCAAUUUGACUGCAGAGUCUAUUAGCGAGCUGUUCAAUAAGCCCGGAGCACCGACGGUUCUGUUCCAAUCGAAUGGCCGCUACAACAUCAUUUCAGUUCCUAGUCCUGGCUCAUGGCGAUUCGAAUUCAACGUCGAGACUCAGAAAUUGACCAUGUACCAACUCAGCGCUGGUCGCAAAACAGUCGAGGAUUCUCUUACAGUGACUCAAGUGUGGGAUGCUCUUCGAUACUUGAUGGAAAUGAAAAAAGUCAAUUCGGGCAGUACCGAAAUUCCUUUCUGGGGUGGCUUCUUGGGAUACUUUUCCUACGAGCUGGGUCUGGCGUGUCUGCCUCAUCCCAAGGGAUCUUCCUCGCCGACAUACCAUAACAACGUUUCAUUCAAUUCGCCGCCUGGCGGUGCUGAAAAUCACCCCGCCGAUGUCAGUCUACUAUGGUGUGAAAGGAGCAUCGUCAUCGACAACACCACUGGAAAUAUUAUCGUACAGUCUACCUGCGAAUCCGACAACUUGCCAUGUGGCUGGCUCGAUGAGACAUUGCAGCUACUCCAGGAGUCUUCUGGAACCGUUCAAAACAUGGAAGCCGUCGAUACACAGUUCCUAGACUCCAUUCUCAGGGAUGGCAAGAUCACCUUCCCCGAAGAAGCGACCUAUAAACGACAAAUCCAGGCUUGCCAAGCAGAACUAGAAGCCGGUGAAUCAUACGAGCUGUGUCUAACCUCCGAAACAUCAAUUACACUACCAACCCCCACAACAGCCGACGGCAAAGCCACCUUCCCUUGGAAGUUAUACAAGAAACUUAGAAAAUACAACCCCGCCGCAUUCAGCGCCUUCGCCGACCUAGGCCACGCCAAAAUCGUCAGCAGCAGCCCGGAAUGUUUCCUCAACUGGGACCGCUCGUCCAUGCUAGAAAUGAAACCAAUGAAAGGCACCGUCCGCAAAACACCAGACAUGACCAUGGAAAAAGCCCGUGAAAUCCUAGGAACAACGAAAGAAAUGGCCGAAAACUUGAUGAUUGCCGAUUUAAUUCGUCAUGAUCUGUAUGGGAUCUGUGGAUCUGGCGGUGUUCGCGUUGAAAAGUUACUCGAAGUCGAGGACCAUGGCCGGGUUUAUCAGAUGAUUACGCACGUCAAGGGCGAAGUUCGCGCUGAACAGCUCGGGUAUGCGGUGCGGCAUAUGCCUCAGCUCAAGUCCUCGAAUAUGGCGGUUCACGGCCUCACGGCGCUUCAACGUUGUCUGCCUCCUGGUUCUAUGACUGGUGCACCCAAGGAGCGAUCAUGCUUACAUCUUCGUCAUAUCGAGGCGCGUAAGCGCAGCAUUUACUCUGGUGUGAUGGGUUAUCUCGACCUCGGUGGUGGUGGAAGUUUCUCCGUUCUGAUUAGAACCGCUUUUACUCGCUAUCCCGAUGAGGACGUUGCUAGUAAAAGUCAUCAGACUUGGAGGAUUGGUGCAGGCGGUGCAGUUACUACACUCAGUACGGCCGAGGGCGAAUGGCAAGAGAUGUUGACCAAGCUGCGGACCGUGUGCAAUGUGUUUACUCCGUCGGAGCCAGCUAGCAAGGGCUAA